CGCGAGAGGCGGGAAAGGGCGCAGGGUUUGACAUGGCGGACGACGUGGACCAGCAACAAACUACCAACACUGUAGAGGAGCCUCUGGAUCUUAUCAGGCUCAGCCUGGAUGAGCGAAUUUACGUGAAAAUGAGAAAUGACCGAGAGCUUCGGGGCAGAUUACAUGCUUAUGAUCAACAUUUAAAUAUGAUAUUGGGAGAUGUGGAAGAAACUGUGACUACUAUAGAAAUUGAUGAAGAAACAUAUGAAGAGAUAUAUAAAUCAACAAAACGGAAUAUUCCAAUGCUUUUUGUCCGAGGAGAUGGCGUUGUCCUGGUUGCCCCUCCAUUGAGAGUUGGCUGAUACAAAGAAUUUAUCACCAGGGAGACUUUGUCCAGUUGCCGCUUUAAAUGUGCAAGACAUUCAAGAGAGAAACCUGCGUACAUUGCUAUAUUAACAAAUGACCAAGGAUCUUCCACUCCUGAAAUGAGUUAGUUGGUAUAACUCACAACUCCUUAAGCUAAAUGUCAUUUUUAUUUUUCUCCAACAUUUCCAAUAAAUGUGAUCACCAAGGUCAGAACUUU